AUGUAUAACCGGAACCAACCCACUUAUUCUAAUCGCUAUCAGCCACAACAGCAAUCUGUAUCACCACCUCCGUUGCAACAUCCAAUUCCAACUCACCCACCGAUUCAAAUGCGUGAUCCGCCAACUUCUUCACCUUCGCCACCAACACAACAACAUUUGCAUAAUGCAAAUCAGCAACAUAUGUAUAACGGAAAUAUAUGGCAUCUAAAUGACGCUACGACACAAAUGGGAAUGGAAUUUGGACGUACAGCGCUGUCUGCUGGAACAGAAUAUAUGGAGAAAAAUGUUGGUCUAAAUAUUAUUCUCAUUGUUAAAUUUUAUUUAAGUUUUAUAUAA